UUCUCCUCCACACAGUGCCUUGUGAACACAGACAGUGUCGGCAGCUCCGGGUGGCACCAUGUCGUGCAUACGAAAAGAACCCGAGAAAAGCAGGUCUGAGGAGUUACUCCAGUAUGCCAGGGGCCAGAAGGUGAUACAAAUGAACGUAAAGCUCCUAGGUUUGGAGGGUGAUCCCGACCUCCAGUUUCUCCUGAAGGGGGGAGACCUCCUGAAGGUCCUCUCCCCAAGCUGGAAGAAGACUCGUUACUUCAGGCUCCAGGAGGACUGCAAGACAAUGUGGCGCGAAUCCAAGAAGACCUUCAAGAAAAAUGAUACCUUUUCGCUUGAUGACAUCUCGGCGGUGCAAAUGGGCCGUCAGUCGGAGGGCUUGAAGAAGAACACGGAGGAGCAGGUGGAGGACCGCUGCUUCUCCAUCAUUUUCAAGAGCCGCCGCAAGAACCUGGACCUCGUCUCCAGCUCGGAGGAGGAGGGAAAGCAGUGGGUUAAAAGCCUGCAGAAAGUGGUCUCCAACCUAAACAACCUGAGUCGAAAGCAGAAGACAGAGCACUGGAUCUUCAGCUGCUUGAGGAAAGCAGACAAGAACAAAGAUGAUAACCUGAGUCCGUCAGAGGUCAAGAGUUUCAUGCAUCUGAUCAACAUCGAAGUGGAUGAUGAAUACGUGGAAAUGCUUUUCAAGAAAUGUGACAGGUCCAAGUCUGGAACCCUGGCAGGAGAGGAGAUCAAACACUUUUAUGAUCUGUUGACCCAACGGGACGAAAUUGAUGUUAUCUAUGGGGAGUACGCCAAAACCACUGGCUUUAUGAGCGCUCAGAACCUGGUGGAUUUCCUGCUGAAAGAACAGAGGGAGAAAGCAACGCUGGCUGAUGCGCACAGAAUCAUCGAGACGUAUGAGCCAGAUGAAAACGCCAAGGAGAAGAAGCUGCUGUCCAAAGAUGGCUUCCUCAUGUACCUGAAUCACCCAGAUGCCAUGAUUCUGAAUCCAGACCACAAGGAUGUGUACCAGGAUAUGAGCCAGCCCCUCAACCACUACUUCAUCUCCUCCUCUCACAACACCUACCUCAUGGAGGAUCAGCUCAAAGGCCCCAGCAGCACAGAGGCGUACAUUAGGGCUCUGCAGAAAGGCUGCCGCUGUGUGGAGCUGGACUGCUGGGACGGAUCGGAUAAUGAGCCCGUGAUCUACCACGGCUACACUCUCACCUCAAAGAUCCUCUUUAAAGAUGUGAUCAAAGCCAUCAGUGAGCAUGCCUUCAAGACAUCCCAAUAUCCAGUGAUUCUCUCCUUGGAGAACCACUGCAGCGUGGAACAGCAGGAAGUCAUGGCCCGCCACAUGAGCUCCAUCCUUGGCAGUGCACUCAUCACCUCUCCUCUGGGUGAUGGCAUGCCCACAAAUUUCCCAUCUCCUGAGGUUAGCAUCCGUUUCACUAGUUUUAUCAGGAUUGUCAAGGCUGAACCGAUCAUAGGAGAUAAAUGGUUGGCCUUAAACUUCCAGACUCCCUGUACAGACAUGGAUAUGAACCAGGGCAGAUUCCUGGUUAAUGGCAAAAGCGGCUACAUCCUGAAACCAGCCUUCAUGAGGGACGUAGCCACAGAGUUUGACCCCAUCACCCUGACCCGAGGAGACUGGCUGAAGCACAAGACCCUGCAUGUCAUGGUCAUAUCAGCUCAGCAGCUUCCCAAAGUGAACCAGAAGAAGUCCUCCAUAGUAGACCCGCUGGUUAAAGUGGAAAUCUAUGGAGUGCCAGCUGAUGUCGCAGAGAAAGAGACCAAACCUUUUGAUAACAACGGCUUUAACCCUUCCUGGAAUGAGAACUUCCAGUUUGACGUGUAUGUGCCGGAACUAGCAUUGGUCCGCUUCAGCAUCGAAGACUAUGACUCCAGUACUGAUAAUGACUUUGUCGGGCAGUACACGCUUCCCUUCAACAGCUUGAAAAUGGGAUACAGACACGUGCCGCUGUUCAAUAAGAACGGAGACCUACUCCCCUCAGCCGGACUUUUUGUACACAUUAUGGUCCUGGAUGCCGAAUAAGAAGUCUCCAACUCUAGGACCUCCUUUCUACAGCCAUGUUUUAAAUUUUUAUCUUUCAUUUUGGCUUCACAGUUUUAGCUCAUGAUUAACUUAUUGCUUUAAUUCUAAUCAAAGUCGAAUUGCGACUUUUCUCUCUUCAGCCUAGAGAUUCUGAUUUGCAGCUGAAUGUUGGUUGUAUUGGGAGGUGGGUACACAUGCACACGCUCUAGGGCUCCCUAGACUUUAUAACACUCCAUGUAUAUAUGACACUUCACUUUUACAAAUUGGGUUAAUUCGUACAAGCAGCACUCACUACAUACCAACUUCAGUUUGCAUUAGGAUGGAACUUUUUAAACUGCUUGUCCCUUAUUUUUAAGUCUGUUCAAUGUCUUUUUUUUUUCCUUUUUUUUUAAAACCUUUUCAUCUAAAUGACAAUUUUGACUUUUAGAGACACACAGGCCAAUGUGAAAGCUAUAGUCUGUUUUCAUCAGUAAUUUUAGUCAUCCAUUAUGAUCAUUUCUCAUGUAACAUCUUGACUUUGCCUCUUUUUGUAAAUCAAUAUGAACACAUAAAAAUGUUAAA